UCUCUUCUUCUCCUCUCCUCUUUUUCCUCCAAAUUUCUUUCCAACACACUUCCUUCUCUCCAUUUAUCGCUGUGGAUUUGUUUCCUUAACAAAGAAUUUUGAAUUCAACUUUCCCAGUUGUGGAAUUUCCGGUGGGUCUUUGGUUCUUCCCCCUUUAGAUACACGCACUGCAAAAUCAAGCAAUCAAAUCCCGCACCCUAACUUCCCUUCUUUCUGAUUGUUCAUCUGCAACUUGCAUGACUCUGUUUCUUCAGAACACCAAAAACCCUCUUUCAGCAGCCAGAGACUAGAAUGGGGUGCUUCACAGUUUUAAGGAACAAGAAGAAAAGGGCUGAAUCUAGAGUUGCCAUCAAACCAGUUAAUCCCAAAGACCAAACAGCGUCACCAACAACACUGCCAGAGCCCAAACUCCCAAUCCGGUCCUUGCAGUCUGCACCUCCCAGCUUUAGGACCCGUGUUAAGCCAGUUCAACCUGACCACAAACCAACCAACAAUAGGGCCCGUGCUUUGUCUGCUCCAGAAAGUCUUGAUGCAGCAGAACAGGAUGCACUUAUAUCUGCUGAAUAUGAUGAACAUGAAGAAUCGAAGAGCCGAUGUGGAGGCUUAAUGACAAGGGAACAUCGGUCCCCAAGCCCACAGCCUCUUCCUCUACCUUCGCCUCAUUAUUCUGGGUCCUUAAAACCCACCAAUAGCUUCAAAUUAAUAAAUGGCAGUGGACCUCUCUCAUCCUGUGGACCUCUGCCUCUGCCUCCCAGUGGAACUCACAGUGGCUCAUUGAAGAGCUUUUCGUUUGAUGAAGUUGCAUCAGCUUGCUGCAAUUUCUCGUCGGAUCAAUGUGUGUCGGAAGGUCUUUCUUCUAUCAUAUACCGGGCUUCCUUUGGUAGUGAUGUAUCAAGUUCAAAGAGGUUUGAAGCUACUGUUACUCGUCUUCAGUCCUCCACACAGGGUGUGAAGGAAUUUAUAGGUGAGGCAAACACCCUUGCAACCUUGAGGCAUCCCAACCUGUGUAAAUUGCUUGGUUACCAUGCACGCGAUGGAUCAGAACAGAGAAUGUUGGUGUAUGAGAGGCUACACCAUGGAAGCUUGGACAGGAUUUUGUAUGGAAGAUCUGAUGGCCCACCAAUUGAUUGGAAUGCUAGGAUGAAAAUUGCUCUCUGUGCUGCACAAGCUCUAACUUUCCUUCAUGAAGAAGGUCCUUUUCAGGCAAUGUACAACGAAUUCUCUGCUGCCAACAUACAGAUUGACAAAGAUUUUAGUGCGAAGCUCUCUGGCUAUGGUUGCGUCGGUCAGCUUCCUGACACAGAAAUCCCAAGUAGUUCAGUGGCUGUGGGAAACCUCUCGGUGGAGACACUCGAAAGGGGUCUGCUAACUCCGAAGAGCAAUGUGUGGAGCUUUGGUAUCAUUCUCCUCGAACUACUCACCGGACGGAAGAAUCUCGACAGCCGACACCCAAGGGAAGAAAGGAACUUAGUCAAGUGGAGCAGACCUUUCUUAUCUGACGAUUGUAGGCUAUCCAUGAUCAUGGAUCCUCAGCUAAAGCAGAGGUACCCCAUGAAAGGAGCAAGAACUGUAGCAGGCAUUGCCUUGAGAUGCCUUCAGAAGGAUCCACUCGAAAGGCCAACAAUGAGAACUGUCGUGGAAAACAUGAGGGCGAUACAGGACAUGAAAUACUCGUGCCGCUUCCCACUUCAAGAACCGGAUACGGUUCCUAAUCGAAAGCCAAUGUUGAAAUCUCCGAGUUUCAAUACAAUCAUUGCCACCCCAGCUCCAACAAGGUUGAGUUUCUCACUCUCGCCACCACCGUCGGGAGCUCAUCAUCCUCAUCUUGCUGCUUCUCCAACUAGGGUUUCAGCGUUUUCGGGGUCACUCCCUCCACGAGCUUGCUCGUCAACCGUUUCAUUGGACGAGCUGGAACGUGUUGAAAGUCGGAGAUCAUCGAGUUCUACUGUUCGGCGAGCUAGUGUAGAGGGGUUCUGAUUUGUUAAUAUUAUGUGGGGGGUUUGGGUUCGGCUCGUUGUCUCUUUGGUCCUAAAUCCUUCUGAAUGAUUCAACAGGGAAUGUUAGAGGACUUAAGGAAAGGUCAGGAUGUGAUGUGGUUAUUCCCACCUUCCCGUUAUUUGAAAUGGUGGUGAAGAAAUAGAAAGGGUGGCUGCUACUACUGUAAGCUAGCUCCCUCCUAUUCUGUAGAUAAGAAACAGUGCCGAUUGACUUGUGGAUGGAUGUUAGUAAUGCAAUCUAUAGUGGCUAUUUAGUUUGGUUAUUUCUGGGGAGUGACUGGCUUGGAAUAGGGUGCAGUUCUUUGUAUAACUACAGAAAAAUUCAUCUGAAUAACUCAAAUGACACUGGAACAAAAGACUAAGAGG